GCCUCACAAGUGUAACUACUGUGGCCGGAGCUAUAAGCAACGCAGUUCAUUGGAGGAGCACAAGGAACGCUGCCACAACUAUCUGCAGAAUGUCAGUAUGGAGGCUGCUGGGCAGGUCAUGAGUCACCAUGUACCUCCUAUGGAAGAUUGUAAGGAACAAGAGCCUGUGAUGGACAACAAUAUUUCUCUGGUGCCUUUUGAGAGACCUGCUGUUAUAGAGAAGCUGACAAGCAACAUGGGAAAGCGUAAAAGCUCCACCCCACAGAAGUUUGUGGGUGAAAAGCUCAUGAGAUUUGGCUAUCCAGAAAUUCACUUUGAUAUGAACUUGUCCUACGAGAAGGAGGCUGAGCUGAUGCAGUCUCACAUGAUGGACCAAGCCAUCAACAAUGCAAUCACCUACCUUGGAGCUGAGGCACUUCACCCCCUGAUGCAACACACACCAAGCACAAUUGCUGAGGUGGCCCCAGUCAUCAGCUCACCUUAUGCUCAGGUCUAUCAUCCUAGUAGGAUAGAAAGGCCCACUAGCCGGGAAACAGCUGACAGUCAUGAAAACAACAUGGAUGGCCCUAUCUCCCUCAUCAGACCAAAGAGUCGACCCCAGGAAAGAGAGGGAUCCCCCAGCAAUAGCUGCCCAGAUUCUACUGACUCAGAAAGCAGCCAUGAAGAUCGCCAGUCCUACCAAGGAAAUUCUGCCUUAAACCCCAAGAGGAAGCAAAGCCCAGCUUAUAUGAAGGAGGAUACCAAGGCUUUGGAUGCCACAAAAGCUUCAAAGGGCUCUUUAAAGGAUAUCUAUAAGGUCUUCAAUGGAGAAGGGGAGCAGAUUAGGGCCUUCAAGUGUGAGCACUGUCGAGUUCUUUUCCUAGAUCAUGUCAUGUACACCAUCCAUAUGGGUUGCCAUGGCUAUCGGGACCCAUUAGAAUGCAACAUCUGUGGCUAUCGAAGCCAGGACCGCUACGAGUUCUCAUCGCACAUUGUUCGAGGAGAGCACACAUUCCACUAGGCCUUGUCAUCCAAAGGGGAAUCUUAUGAAGUAGAAAAACUGCACAUGAAGAAAUACUGCACUUACAAUCCCACUUUUCCUCAGAUGUUGACACACCUUUUGUUGUUGUUGUUGUUGUUGUUGCUGUUGUUUAUUAUUAACCUUAUUUUAUGGACCCAACCUCAGUCACUCUGCCCAGUUUAAGAAUGGAAAGAAGGAAAACAAGGGAUGAAAGAGUUGCUUCUGUUGCUGUCACUUUUGUUUUGGUGGCCUGUCUGAUGUUUUCAGUGGGAAUUGAAAGGCAGUCCAUUUCUGUCACAAUUAGUUGUAUAUCACAUCCUAUUUUGGGCACUGCUUAACCCUAAUAGGUGCUUUAAAGUCAAAAGGAGUCGCCACUCGUUUGUAGAUUAACAAUUUCAGGCAAAUAGGUAGAAACAUUUCAGAGGAAAGCUCAUUCAACUGUAUAGAUAUGGUGGGGGUUGGGGAAGGGAGGAGUGGGGAAUUUUAUUCUGCAGAAUGAACAAUUAUUUUUAAAGUAAAACUGGUUUACUCUGGGGAUAUAGAAGCAUGAAUCAAAGUCAAUAUUCCUUGCAAAAUUACUUCCUAAGGUUGGCUGUUUUCAUGGGUUCAGUGUUUACUGCCCCUCUGGAAUGUAUAAAUUAUGUAUGUGUAACACUGUACCACAUAACAGCAGUUUAGUUUCAUAAGUCUUAGGGACCUCCUGCAGUAAGUUUGAGGACCUGUGUUUUUUAUUUUACUUAUGAAGCACCUUUUUUUAGAAUUGCUGAUUUGCUGUUAUUCCAUAACUAUGUGUUGACUCACUGGCUUCUUACAGGCUCCGUCAUAGCCUUACUUAGCUAAUUGCACCCUAUGUUUUAAGAAACCGCGUUUAGAAAUAACUGUUUUAACCUAGCUUCUAGGACAAUAGGUAUCCUAGGAGUCUAUAAGAGCCUGUAGUUUACUCAAGAGGUUCUGCUGCUCUUUUAAAAUAAUUUGUUUUAAAAUUACCAAUGUACUAGUAGCAAAGUGUUCUUUUUAUAUAUAUAUAUAUAUAUAU